CUUAUCUUUGACAUUGUAUUAUUCAACGCAAUACUGAGAUACACAUUUGUUUGCAAAUUUGUUAACACAAAGUAUGCAGUUGAGAAUUCUGGUUGUCAGUUUCUUACUUUUUCUUUACACCAAUGGAUUUUUACUCGAUGACAGAACUCAGCCCCCAACAACUGGACAAGUAAUGACAGACAAACAUUUCAAUAUGCUGAUGGAUCUUUUAGCUGAGGAGAGACAUGCUCGUCUGAAACAGAACAACGAAAUUUCCCAAUUAAAGAGUGAGUUGAUUGCCACCCAACAAGGCGUAACGUCUAACUUCCAUGCUUCACACAGCGGCAACGAUACUUUGAAGACAGAAUUUAAUAUCUUGAAGGAGGAUAUGAGAAAAAUGAUUUCAAACUAUUCCGAUUUGCAAAAUAAAUAUAAUUUGGUCAAUGCAGAAUUGAACGAGUUGAAGAUAAAUAAUUCUCGAACAAAUCAAUUUGCCAGUCUUUUGAAGCAGGAAUUAUCAAAUGUUAAGCAGCUAAAAAAUGUAGCCAAUCUACAAACUGUCGUGAACUUAACUGAUGAUUCGAAACGAUUAGAGCAUGAACUACAAAUUACGAAUAACAAAAUGAGUGCUAUUGCUAACGAUGUCAGUGCGAGAAAACAGGAUUUUAUUGCCCUUUUUAAUAAAGCCGAAUUAACAGAACGCAGCCUAGAUGUAGCAUUGAAAACAAUUGAAAACAAUUUUAGUUCACUAACCCAACAUACGGACAAUUCAUUAAACAAAUCAAUUGAAACGCAAUUACAAAUGCUGCAAAGUAUGCAGACAGUAUCCACUGGAAAACUAGAAAAGGAGAUACAUUCAAUGUCUGAUAGAGUUGCAGUAACAGCUUGUGCCUUAGGAUCAACCUACUCGAAUGGUGAGAGAAUACUGUUUCCUUACGUACAGACAAGUCUUGGAGUUACAGAUUCUGUGACAUCAUCUAUGAAAUCUACUGGAAUAUUUAAAUGCGAGAAAUCUGGACUUUACCUUGUAUCCUCAUACAUCAUGACAGACACCAAUGGACGGUAUUAUCUUAGGAAAAACAGCAGUAUUAUUGCGUCUGGCUAUUUUUCUCUUAAUGGUAACUCUCAGACAAGUACCAUUGUGCAGCUAAUACUCUUGAGUGUAGAUGAUAGAUUAUAUAUACAGAAUGUCAGCAAGGACAUAUCUGGAGAUUUUAAUUCCUGUAUAUCAAUAUUACAACUUACAGGAUAA